ACAAUGUUAGUUUUCUUCAUGUUGAUGGGUAGAUUCAGUGCAACUGCAAGCAAAAUCAUAGCAACCUAUUCUGGAGAAACUGAGAAGCUGAUUCUGAAAUUCAUAUGGAAAUGCAGAGGACCUAGAAUAAUUAAAACAACUUCAAAAAUGAAGAGCAAAGUUGGAGGGCCAACACUACCUGAUUUCAGACCCAGGGCGUUCGGGUCGCCAAGAUGAGGCGUCUAUCCCAGAUUGGAGAAGGCUUUCUGGAGUAGGUGAUGCCUUAGCUGGCACUGAAACGAGGAGGGCAGCCAGGUGCACUGGAGGUGGUAGCCCUGCUGCUCUCAACCAGCGGGGAAGGAUGGCAGAUGAGUGGAAGGAGGUGCACAGGUUGAAGACAUUGAUUUGAGUUGCUCUCAGGUUAUGGGAGGUGCCUUCCCGGCUGAUGCUGAGGGCGUCCCACUGACCUGCUGACCUCCGUCCACCUGGGUCCUCAGGAAGAGGCUGCGAUGUCCCAGACACAGGACUACGAAUGCGAGAGCCGUCACGCCGGCCUGCAGGAGUCUCGGAUUUCAGGAGCUAGCACGAGGCUGGAGUGGGUGGAGAUUAUCGAGCCGCGCACGCGCGAGCGCAUGUACGCCAACCUGGUCACGGGCGAGUGCGUGUGGGACCCGCCGGCCGGCGUACGCAUCAAGCGCACCAGCGAGAACCAGUGGUGGGAGCUCUUCGACCCCAACACGUCGCGCUUCUACUACUACAACGCCACCACCCAGCGCACGGUGUGGCACCGGCCGCAGGACUGCGACAUCAUCCCCCUGGCCAAGCUGCAGACCCUGAAGCAGAACACCGAGUCCCCCAGAGCCUCGGCUGAGAACAGCCCUGGGAGAGGCAGCGGCGUCAGCCAUGAUGGCAGCACCAGCUCGUCCCUGGAGCCCGAGCUGGAUGCCGGCGACAAGGUGCCGGAGACUGUGGGGCGAUCCAGCCGGCAGGCCGUGCUCGGGGCGGUGAAGGAGGAGAGCGGCAGUUCCUCACCGUCAGGAGGUCUCCUUGAGAAGGACUAUGAAAUUUACCCGGAUUACAGCGCCGAUGGCCACCUUCUGCACUGCAGGACCUCCUCGCUCCGCUGGAACUCGGGCACCAAGGAGCGCAUGCUCAUCAAAGUUGCCGACAGGGAGCCCAGCUUCCUCUCCCCCCAGGGCAACGGCUACCCCCUGGACAGCCAGCCCAGGGGUCGCUCCCGCAGACCCUCCGGGGGACAGCACUCGCCCAGCCUACAGACCUUCACCCCCGACGCAGACAGCCCUGUCUUCUUCUCAGAGCGGAGGCCGUCGCCCUUCCCGAAGAGGGCUGAGCGAGGGAGCUGCUCCCCACUGCUGGCCCAGCCCCGCAAGCCCGCCACCGACUCUCAGCCGUCCUCCCCGCGUUAUGCCUACGAGCCCCCACUCUACGAAGAGCCCCCCGUGGAGUACCAGGCCCCCAUCUAUGACGAGCCCCCCAUGGAUGUGCAGUUUGAGGCUGGUGGGGGCUAUCAGGCUGGCUCGCCUCGGCGGUCUCCCAGCCGCAAGCCGCCCAAGCAGGCCUCCGCGUCGCCCUACCAGCAGCUGGUGCUCACCAGGCAGAAGUGCCCCGAGCGCUACCUGAGCCUGGAGUACAGCCCGGCCGGCAAGGAGUAUGUCCGCCAGCUGGUGUAUGUGGAGCAGGCCGGCUCCAGCCCCAAGCUGCGCGCGGGCCCGAGGCACAAGUACGCGCCCCACCCAGGUGGCGGUUCCCUCUCCCUGCAGCCCAGCCCCUGCCUGCUGCGCGACCAGCGCCUGGGGGUCACGUCCGGGGACUACAGCAGCAUGGAGGGGCCCGAGCUGCGGUCUGCCCAGCCGCCCGUGCCACUGCCCCAGGCCCAGGACGAUGCCAUGUCCUGGUCCAGCCAGCAGGACACCAUGUCCUCGACAGGCUGCUCUCCCAGCACACGCAAGAGGAAGAGCAGGAACCCCUCUGCGUGCCACGGCCCCAGCGCCCUGCCCACUGAGGGCCCCGGGGACCGCGACCCACACGGCCAGCAGCCCCUGACGGAAGAGCGGCCCCUGUGCAGCCCCAGCCUGGCGCCCACAAAGCGUGCAGAGGGCGAGGCGCGUGAAGGGGACGGGACCCGGGGCGAGGCCGAGCCCUUCCUGGCUCAGGCCCGGCUGGCCUGGGAGGCGCAGCAGGCCCACUUGCACAUGAAGCAGAGGGGCAGCUGGGACUCACAGCAGGACGGCUCGGGCUACGAGAGCGACGGGGCCGUGCCGCUGCCCAUGCCUGGGCCUGUGGUGCGCGCCUUCAGCGAGGAUGAGGCGCUGGCCCAGCAGGAGAGCAAGCACUGGCAGAGGGGCGCCUUGGAUAGGCUCGCCUUCCCCCAGGUCCUGCUCGAGAAGAGCGUCUCUGUGCAGACCAGCCUGGCCUCCCCGGAGCCCUACCUCCACCCCUCUCAGUCUGAGGACCUUGGCACCUGCGCCCAGUUCGAGAGCAGCCGGCAGACCCGGAGCGUGAUGCCCAGUGCCAGCUGCGUGUUCCCCACCUUCACACUUCGCAAGCCGUCCUCGGAGACUGACAUCGAGAACUGGGCCUCCAAGCACUUCAACAAACACACACAGGGCCUCUUCCGGCGGAAGGUGUCCAUUGCCAACAUGCUGGCGUGGAGCAGCGAGUCCAUCAAGAAGCCCAUGAUCGUGACCAGCGACCGCCACGUGAAGAAGGAGGCCUGUGAGGUCUUCAAGCUGAUCCAGAUGUACAUGGGCGACCGGCGCGCCAAGGCUGACCCACUGCACGUGGCCCUGGAGAUCGCCACCAAGGGCUGGAGCGUCCAGGGCCUGCGGGACGAGCUCUACAUCCAGCUGUGCCGGCAGACCACCGAGAACUUCCGCCUCGAGAGCCUGGCCCGCGGCUGGGAGCUCAUGGCCAUCUGCCUGGCCUUCUUCCCGCCCACGCCCAAGUUCCACUCCUACCUGGAGGGCUACAUCUACCGGCACAUGGACCCCGUCAACGACACCAAAGUGACACAGCACAUGAAAGCGCUCCUGGAAAGGAACACUAAGAAGAAGUCCAAGUUGAGAAAGAAACCCAAGCCUUAUGUUGAGGAGCCGGAUGGGGUGGCAAUAAGCACAUAUGCCAAGUACUGUUACCACAAGCUGCAGAAGGCAGCCCUGACUGGGGCCAAGAAGGGGCUGAAGAAGCCCAACGUGGAGGAGAUCCGGCACGCCCAGAACGCCGUGUUCAGCCCGUCCCUGUUUGGCAGCGCGCUGCAGGAGGUCAUGAGCAUGCAGAAGGAACGCUACCCCGACCGGCAGCUGCCUUGGGUGCAGACUCGGCUGUCAGAGGAGGUGCUUGCGCUCAACGGCGACCAGACGGAAGGCAUCUUCAGAGUCCCUGGGGACAUUGAUGAGGUGAAUGCCCUGAAGCUACAGGUGGACCAGUGGAAGGUGCCUACAGGUCUGGAGGACCCCCACGUCCCAGGUGAGCCCCCAGCCCCCUCAGCAGCAGGAGCAGCUCGGAGGCUUCAGCCCUCCCUGCUCUCCGUCGUGAAGGGACAGCCCUCUGGUCCGUUUCCAGCACAGACGUCCCCCUGCUGUUGGACAGCCUCCACGGCGCCUCCCUCUGCUGGCCUGCCCGCGGUGGCCGCACAGCCUCUCUUGGUUCCCGGCGCUCGGGGUCCGUCCAGGCCCUCGGGACCAGGCGCCCGCUGGCCUCCGGCCGCGCAGCCCACACGGCUGGGUGGACACCUCCCGUCUGGUCCUGGCCCCUCGCCCCCACUCGCGACACACACGGCCGCUUUCGCCCCUUGCUGCUGGUGGGACGGGUCCCCGGCUGCCCCGCCCAGCCGGAACCCCCGCGCUGCGUCCCCAGCGUCGCUGCUGAAGCUGUGGUACCGGGAGCUGGAGGAGCCCCUGAUCCCCCACGAGUUCUACGAGCAGUGCAUCGCGCACUACGAGAGCCCCGAGGCCGCCGUGGCCGUGGUGCACGCGCUGCCCCGCAUCAACCGCCUGGUGCUGUGCUACCUCAUCCGUUUCCUCCAGGUGUUCGUGCAGCCCGCCAAUGUGGCCAUCACCAAGAUGGACGUCAGCAACUUGGCCAUGGUGAUGGCGCCCAACUGCCUGCGCUGCCGCUCGGACGACCCGCGCAUUAUCUUUGAGAACACUCGCAAGGAGAUGUCCUUCCUGCGCGUGCUCAUCCAGCACCUGGACACCACCUUCAUGGAGGGCGUGCUAUAGCGCGCGGGCACCGAGGGACCGACGAUGGGGACAGAGCCUGCCCGGGUGCGCCCGGGCAGGGGGCACGCGGGGAGGGGGGGAGGGGACGCCCGAGAAGCGGAGGUAGCAUGCCGGCUCCGCCCAUGCCCGCCCCAGCCCUGGAACCCGCAUCCCCCGACCCGGGCCCUCGGCCUGAAGGCGCAGCCACGCCAGAGGGGCUGCGGGAAGAGCGCCUCUGCCCCGCCCCAGGCCUCGUGGCCGUACCGUUCGGCGCUGCCCCGCCCACCGCCAGCCGCGGUUCGGCCGCGAGAAAGUGCCUUCUGUUUCCUGGAGCCAAGUGACACUGCCCCUCCCGGCCGGCCCGAGAGCACAAGCCGCCCUUCC